UACUGCCAUUGUAGACGACGCUUAAGGAAGUUAGCAGUCUAGUGCAAAGCAGAUCUCCGCCGCAAGCAACAUACAACACCUUGAGGAGGGGAUAACGGGAAUGUGAGCGUAACGUACAGUGAGCUCGGAGAAGCGCCGAGCUUACACGUACGUUACGCUCACAUCCCCGUUAUCCCCUCCACAAGGUGUUGCAUGUUGCUUGCGGCGGAGAUCUGGCAGCUUUGGUCUAGUGUAAUAUAGAUGUCUGUGGCCUACCAUUACUGCUCGUCACGUCACUAGUGUUACCGAAGAAGAAACUCGUCACGAGGAUUGCCUCACUUUUAUUUCUUUCACCAUGAUGGCACGUGCGAAGCAAACCGCUCGCAAAUCUACAGGAGGUAAGGCUCCGCGAAAACUGCUUCCUACUAAAGCGGCGAGGAAGAGCGGUCCAGCAAAAGAUGGCGUCAAGAAGCCUCAUCGUUAUAGGCCCGAAUUUAUGAACGCAAGAGAACAUAACCAAAAUCGCACUCGGAACGCGGACUCUGUUUCAAGAGAGACAUUAAAAAGAAGAAGGAAUAUAAUGAAUGUAUUAAUCAAAAAAACACGAAGUCCACGGACAACCUCCAUUCAAUAUACGAAAAUGUUGGAUUUUCUUUCUUUAAAUAAGGACCUCGCUAAAGGAAAAUCUAAUGUGUUAUAUGGAAAAGAAACAACAGAAGAAAAAUGGGCAGAGAUAACUGCAGCAUUAAAUAAUAUAGGACCGAAAAAAACUUCAAAACAAUGGCAAGUAGUAUGGAGAGACAUGAAAAGUCACGCUUUAAAGAAAGCACGCAAUUUAAGAAAAGCUAAAAAGGCAAAAAAAAUAAUUAAGCAUUCUUUAGAAUUAUCCGAAACGGAAUUGCGGGUUUUUGAGAUAGUCGACGAAAAAUAUAUUGAAGAAAAUAAAGAUUGUGCCAAAAAUAUUCCGGAAGAGGAGGAAAAAUUCAAAUGUGGAUAUUGUGGCUGGAUUAUUUGUUGUGAUAAAGAUGGACAAAUUUCACAUGGCUGUUUUAGAAACUGUAGAGAAUUAAUAAUGGACAAUGAUAGAAAACUCUUUAAAAAUGAUUCUUUGGGAACACAUUCCUAUGUCGAGAGUGAGACUGAAACAGAAGAUGAAAACAGCAUUGCCUAUAUUGAAGAAAGCGUUGCUAAUAAGAAAGAAAACAUUGCUAAGAAUUUUAAAGAAUACACUAGCUAUGAUACAGAGAGGCUAGAUGAAGACUUAAUACGCGCAGUAAAGGAGAGACCAGCCUUAUAUAAUUUUCGCAUACCAGUAAAAGAGCGAGGGAGGGAACAAAAAGACUUUUUAUGGCAAGAAGUCAGCGAAUGUUUGAAAGGUUCAUAUACCGCUACUGAAGCAGAAAAGCGAUGGAAUUAUCUAAAAGACUGCUAUAGAAAAGUAAAAAAUAUUUUCGAGAUUCUGUUAAAAAAAAAUAUACAAAAAAGUGGUAUAGCUGGUAUACUAAAAAAUUAUAAAAUACAACCAUUCUUUCGUCACUACAAUGUAAUGAAUUUCUUAAAUGAUACAUUGGAAUAUCGACAAACCAUAACAUCUUUACAAAAAUCGAUAUAUGAAGAGGAGGCGUCCACUUCAAAGAUCACAUCAAAAAGCGACAACUUCAACAUUGAUAAUGUUCUUACUUUUAAUUCAUCUCCAGUCUCUUCAACAUCGCCGAAAUCAAGAAAGAGGAAGAGGGUUGAUGAAUACGAAAAAGCAUUUAUUAAUUCCUUAACACAAAGUACAGAAUCAAAUGCUAUAAAUGGAUUCGUUUCACGUUUGGCAGAAGGUUUACACAGAUUAUCUUACAAAUCACGAUCUAAAUUAGAAAUAGAAUUUUUGUCAAGAUUGUAUGAAGUUGAAAAAGAAGACGAAAGAUACAAAAGAACAUAAGAAGAAAAUGUAAUGACAUAAAAAGAAAAUACAUGACAAAAUGUAAUGACAAAUGUAAUUACAUAAGAACAAAAUAUAUUAAGAAACUUGAUUUUUA